AUGGAGGCAGUGAGAAGGCUCAUCCCACUGGCUCUUUUAAUUUCCUCAUGUUUGGCAGAGUUGAAUUCGACCGAAUCUGAAGGCAAAUCAAGCUGCACGGCCAGCCUGGGGGGUGCCAACUUGGGCGAAGCCCACAAAGCCCUGAUUCUGCAACUCAAUCCCAAUGAGAACUGCACCUGGACGAUAGAAAGACCAGAAAACAAAAGCAUCAGAAUCAUCUUUUCCCACUUCCAGCUUGAUCCAGAUGGAAGCUGUGAAGACGAGUACAUUAAAGUUUUUGAUGGUGACUCUGCUGGUGGGCCUCUGCUGGGGAGGGUCUGCAGUAAAAACGACUACGUUCCUGUUUUUGAAUCAUCAUCCAAUACACUGACGUUUCAGAUAGUCACUGAUGCUGCAAGAAUUCAAAGGACUGUCUUUAUCUUCUACUACUUCUUCUCUCCUGAAACGUAUAUUCCGGACUGCGGUGGCUACCUGGACGCACCUCAGGGUUCCUUCACCAGCCCCAACUACCCAAAGCCAUAUCCUGAGUUUGCCUAUUGUGUGUGGCACAUCCAAGUGGAGAAAGGUUACAAGAUAAAAUUAGACUUCAAAGAGAUUUUCCUAGAAAUAGACGAUCACUGCAGAUUUGACUUUGUGGCCGUUUAUGAUGGCUCCUCCACGGACUCGGGCUUGCUUGGUCAAGUCUGCGGCCGCGUGACACCCACCUUCGAGUCUUCCUCAGACUCUUUGUCUGUCGUGUUAUCUACGGAUUAUGCCAACUCUUACCGGGGCUUUUCUGCUUCCUACACUUCAGUUUAUGCAGAAAACGUCAACACUACAUCUUUAACUUGCUCUUCUGACAAGAUGAGAGUUAUCAUAAGUAAAUCCUACCUGGAAUCAUUUAAAUAUAAUGAGAAUGACCUACAACUAAAUGAUCCAACUUGCAGACCAACAGUUUCAAAUGUUGUGGAAUUUUCUAUUCCUCUUGAUGGAUGUGGUACAGUAAAAAAGGUAGAAGGUCAUUCGAUUACUUAUACCAAUGUAAUCACCCUUACUGCGUCCCCAACUUCAAAAGUGAUCACCCGCCAGAAACAUCUCCAGAUUAUCGUGAAGUGUGAAAUGGAACACAAUUCCACCGUGGAGAUAAUGUAUAUAACAGAAGAUGACAUAAUACAAAAUCAGAAUGCAUUGGGCAAAUAUAACACAAGCAUGGCUCUUUUUGAAUCCGAUUCGUUUGAAAAGCCUUUACUUGAGGCACCAUAUUAUGUGGAUUUGAACCAAACCCUUUUUGUUCAAGUCAGUCUGCAUACCUCGGAUCCAAAUUUGGUGGUGUUUCUUGAAACCUGUAGAGCUUCUCCCACAUUGGAUUUUGCAUCUCCAACUUAUGACCUCAUCAGGAGUGGAUGUAUUCAAGAUGAGACUUGUAAGGUGUAUCCCUUAUCUGAACACUAUGGAAGAUUCCAAUUUAAUGCCUUUAAAUUCUUGAGAAGUCUGGGCUCUGUUUAUCUUCAGUGUAAGGUUUUGGUAUGUGAUAGUAGCGAUCAUCAGUCUCGCUGUAAUCAAGGCUGUGUCUCUAGAAGAAAACGAGAUGUUUCUUCAUACAAAUGGAAGACUGAUUCGGUCAUAGGACCCAUUCGCCUGAAAAGGGAUCAGCGUGCAAGUGGAGAUUCAGGAUUUCGGCAUCAAGUACAUCCAGAAGAAACUCAGAAGCAGCCUUUUAACAGUCUGCAUCUAUUUUCAUUCAUGGUCCUUACCCUGAACUUAGUGAUUGGGGCUACAAUCGUAGUGCGGCAUUUUAUAAAUCAACGAACAGAGUACAGAUACCAGAAGCUGCAGGACAAUUGA